CCUGAUAUGACUCGUGAAUUCAUGGCAUCUCUUUUAGUUAUUGUGUGGACAGGAAAAUUCUCUUUGACAACGUCCGCAUUCCCCGCACCAACAUGCUCGACGCGCUCUCCCAAGUCAGCGGUGACGGAACAUUCACGAGCCACGUGUCCAGCAAACGCGGCCGUUUCUUGGCCGUCGCAGAUCAAUUACUCAGUGGCCGCGUGUGCAUUGCCUCCAUGUUCAUGGGCGGCACCAAGUUGUCGCUGGCGAUUGCGAUGCGGUACUACUCCUUCGUCGCCUAUUCAUCUCCUAAUGUCAAGGGUGUGAUGCCUAGAUAUCCGGCGAGUCGCGCGACGGUCGGUCCUAAGGGCAAGUCGGACACGGCCAUCCUGCACUAUGGCCUGCAAAAGCAGGCACUGCUGCCACUCGUGGCCCGCACGUACGUCCUCGCGCACGGCCUUUACGUGGUCAAAGACAAGUACAAGGCAUAG